AACAUUUGUAUUUAUUGAGUUUGAAUUUCCCCACAUUCCAUCAAUGAGCCACUAAAACCUGACAGAUGGCACAGUGUGUGUGUCAGCUGAAGAGAUGAGCACACAUCCGUACAGGAAAUCAGCUUUCCGAUAAGAUUGUGUGUUACUGCCACCUGCAGGCGGUCCGCUGCGGCGCAUGUGGAGAGCAUUGGAUUGUGGGUAUCUUGUUGUGUUUCCUCAAAGAGUCUGACAGCAGGUCAGCUGUUGAAGGAAAGUUUGGACACAGUUUGAUAGCUCUCUGUCUCUGCGUGUCUGUCUGGUGUUUGGAGGAGCGCCUCGUCAAAACCGCAUUUCCUGCGUCCGCCUUUCGUCGCUCUUCUUCACCGAGUGCCCUCCUGUAAACCAAUCCGGUUUGGAGGCUGCCGAAGCUGUAUUUUUAAGACCCAGAAGAAGAAGAAGUGCUAACUGUCGGAAUGAGUUUGAACGAGCACUCCAUGCAGGCUCUGUCGUGGAGAAAACUGUACUUGAGUCGAGCCAAGUUAAAAGCCACCAGCCGAACUUCAGCUCUGUUGUCCGGAUUCGCGAUGGUUGCCAUGGUGGAGGUUCAGCUGGAACGGGAUUACACGUAUCCUCCAGGGCUGCUGAUAGCCUUUAGUGCCUGUACCACAGUCCUGGUGGCAGUCCACCUCUUUGCCCUCAUGAUCAGCACCUGCAUCCUCCCCAAUCUCGAGGCUGUCAGCAACGUUCACAACCUCAACUCGGUCAACGAGUCUCCCCACGAACGCAUGCACCGCCACAUAGAACUGGCCUGGGCGUUCUCCACAGUCAUCGGCACCCUGCUCUUCCUGACGGAGGUGAUGCUCCUGUGCUGGGUGAAGUUCUUGCCCCUCAAAAGCAACACCGAAAACAACGGCACCAUCAGCUCCGGCGAGGCCGCGGCCAUCGCUUCCACCUGCAUCAUGGUGCCGUUCGGAAUUGUUUUUAUCGUGUUUGCCGUCCACUUUUACCGCACACUGGUUAGUCACAAAACGGACCGACAGAUCCGGGAGCUGGAGCAGGUCAUUCGGCUCCAGAACCAGCUGGACCACAGGGCUGAGAACGACGACCUGAAGGCCGCUGUCCAUUUCCCUUGAUUAGAGGCGGUUAGUGUACAAGAGCAGUGGACAUUCAACAGUGCUUUUAUCAGGAGAUCUAUUAUGAAAGCUUUAUUUUUUAUGUUCAUGAACUGCAUAGAUGCUUUUUUUAUUGCUAGAUCCAUCUUUUGAAUGCUGAAUGGUUUAGACUCAGUCCAUCUUUGGAUAAUGCAUGUUCACACACUUCUACAUAUCAUAUCAGGCAGUGAAGUAGUUUUACCUUUAACAUGCAGGAAAGUCUUUUUCUCUUAGGUGCUUACAUUUUAGUGGCUUGUUUAAUGUAUAUUAUAGUGCAACACUAUACAUUUUAGAAGUAAAGCUACUUAAAGCGGAAAUAGACAACUUUCCCCCUCGAAGUGUUUCACUGUGGUGUUACUGUUGGCGUCACUGUCACAAACACAUUGUUAUCACUUGGCUUUCACUAGCGGCCUGGCUACUGUACAAAGCAAAAAAAAACUGUCUGAUCUCAGCACUAUGAAAAGCCAGAGUGAAACAGGCGGUUGUAUUAAUGAGUAGGCGGGUUUUUGUUACUAACUGGUCUAGUAGAAAGAAUGAAAUGGUUUUGAUCGGUCUUGAGUGGUCCUUGCAAGAGGGAACACGUAUCAGCAGAGGGGAGCAGACUUUGACACAGCACCAGAACACUCUCCAUCAAGUUAAUCUUCGUCCGUUCACUCAUGUUGUGUCACGGUUUUCUGGCACUUCCCCUCUUCGCCGUCUUUGCCUCCCCCAUCAGUGGGUUUCUUUUUCUUUUGCACUGCAGAGUUUCCACAGUUACUAAAGUUGUUCUGUCAUUGCCAGGAGCUAGUGACCAGGGAAAUCAAUGGCUCUGAAGCAACUGUAAUUUUUGCAGGACACAUCUGCCCUGGUGGACAGACCAGCAUAACAUAACAUAGUGAAAGAGAGAUUUAUGGUGGCAUUUUUCUGCAGACAUUACACUGUGCAACCUGUAUUUAUGUCAAAAUGAUGCGUUAAAGCCAAAAAGUUGUCUAUUUUCAGUUUUAGGACUUCAUAUAUACAUUGGGUGUUUGUAUUGGAAAUUUAAGGGAUACCCACAUUUUUUAUGAAGUUAAAGCCACGAACAAUGAAAAAUAUGUUGUUUUUUAUCUGUUAAAAACAAAAGAACUCUUAUGUGUGGAAUGAUUGACUUAUCAGAACAAAAGGACAACAGCAACAAGAAAAUUAAUUUAAAAGUCUGUUUUUGACUCAGGUAGACAAAUUGUGGUGCUGCCCUGUCUGGGCUCUCCCAUAUGUACCGGUAGUUUACACGACUCACAGUUUAUUCUGCUUUGCUGAUGGCGGUACAGGCCUACCAUAUAAAUCAUCACCACUGCUGCAUCCACCCCUGACCUUAAUGCUGUGCCAUGGAGGGUUAACAUCGAUUUCUCCUUUCCUCAGACUUGCCUGGCUUUAAUUUCAGCUUUGGAAGGAGCAUUACCAAGCCUUUAUUAUCACUGCAGAUGUUCAUCUUCAAAAUGUUAAUUGUCUGUGUGAAAUAUCAUGUUAGAAUCACCAUCCGUGUGCUUUGAACCCAAAGUUAUGGAACGAGUUAUGUCUAUUUAUCUAGCUGGUGCUUUUAUCUGAAGUGACAUAAACUAAGUGCAUUCAAUCAGGACACCACCCAAAAACGGCAAGAGUCACGCAAAAACAUUGACUCACAUGAUAAAAUAUGUAGCACUAAGCUAUUAUGCUAAACCUUUGGAAAUAAUAAGAGACAGAGACAGACAGAGUUUGCUUUUAUAGGCCAAGGUGCACUUUCAAUGGAUCAGUUUUCAGUCAGCGAUGGAAGAUGUGUUUCUUCCUUUAAAAGAAUGAUGAGGCCUCAGUGUUUUGGUUUGUUGGAUACACACACACACACACACACACACACACACACCCCUACUCACUGGACUGGACUUCUGAUUGUAGUUACCAGUUUAGGUUGUGCCAAAUGUUUGCCCCUUAGUUAAAUGGUGUUAGUGUUCUGAACAGUAAGCAUUAUCCUCAUUUUUGGUAACCUGCAAAAAUUGAGGUUUGUGACCACAAUUGUUAUGGUAUUGAAUAAAACAUAAAUAUAUUCACAUUAAAAUCCAGCAGUAUUUGUGUGCAAUCGGAGUCCUGGUCAGGGGGGUGGUUUUAACUGAAGUGUGUUACUGCAGUGCACAUAUAUAUAUAUAUAUAUAUAUAUAUUUUUUUUUUUUAUGGCAAGAGAGAAUCAAAAUGAGCCCGAUGGUGGAAUCAAGAACCCAUUUGUCAUCUCUCUGAUGACUCUUGUAUAAUCAAUCUUGAGAAAUUUGCUUGGUCUCACGUUACUUUUGCAAUUCAGAUACACUGUAAUCCAUGAAAACGGUUACUGGCUUUAAGAAGUAUUGUUGAAUGUAUUAUUGCACAGCAUGCACAUAUUGGAUAUGUUGUGGUUUGGUUUGUUUUGUACUCGUAGUUUGUUUACAGGCUUGAGCACGGUCACAAUAUUUAGGUUCUACAUUGUGACAGUGUGGAUUAUAGGAUCCUGUGGUACGUUAUUGAACUGCCUUACUUUGGUUUGACCAUUUCCUUUACUUUUUCUUUACUGUCUUUUACUAUAACAUUGACAGAAAAAUUCUGUACAGGCUCAAGUGAAGAAAUGUGCACAUACUAAGAGCUGGAUGACAGUUUGUUAUCAUCAGUUGUUCUAUCACGUGUUGUGUCAUGUAUCAUAUUGCUUAAUAUUGUCCACUAAAUAUGUUGGGGGGGGGGGAUUUAAAAUAUAUGAGAAAAAUGUCUACAUUGUUAUUUGGCCGUUGGUUGGCAAAAAAAAUAGUACGAAAAUGUUCAAUGUUAGGAACAAGAGCUCAAUUUUUCAUAACUGAUUUUUGUUACAAACUGUAUCUAUCAAGGUUAUGCUGUGGUCAUUAUGGUAAUAUGACAUUUGUCCUUUUUACCCUUGUAUUCCCUAUAUAUUCUGUUCAAUGUAAUGUACAAUACCAGAUGCUGAUAUCUCUGUGACAUGUAGCACAAGACAAGGAGCUAUUAGAUGUUCAUAUCUCACAGACUGCUGGUGUUGACUGUUGACUUUUUUAAAGGUCUACUCUGCAGGAUUUUCCUAAAAAGAAUUAAAACAAUAUAUGGACUAAAACAAACACAACCCAUCUCUGUCAUCACAUAUGACCUGCUAGAGGUGUGUGAUGAUAUAUUUACAGAGACUCUGCUCUCUGCCUGUAAUUUCUUAUUGGUUAAUUAUUUCCUGCCACUCUUGGGCGUCAGCAAUUCCGGAGAAAGAUACUGAUGCUUUGGUUUGGUGGCCUGCCAAGCCAAAGCGUCUCUGUUUGACUACCUGGGAAUGAGACUAAACAAUCAUUUUUCUCCACCUUUAAUUUGUGAGUGUGAAAACAGUGACCUGAAAAAUGCUGUAUGGUAUGAUUUCAAGAGUUGAGAAAAGGAUUGACAUUAAGUAGCUUCAGGGCAACUUCACACACUCUGUGACACUUGGGAAUUGCCAAAUGUGCCUUUUUUGAAAAUGCAAACAAAGCCAUUUUUCUUUGGUUCAUUUUGUGGUUUAUUUAUUUAACCCCAUGUAUCUUACUGUAUAUAGACAGGUUCCACUGUGUGUGUCAAUGCAUAGCUUAAAAGAGAAUUUUUAGAAAAUACUGUAUUGUACAUUUGCUUGAAGCUGCAGCUUUUUACUGUUACAAGUCACCAGGAUGUUUUGUUGUUGUUGCCUGUUUGAGAAUAAAACACAUCUGUGAUGA